AUGCCGGGUUGUUUAGUACCAGGAUGUACUUCUGGUUACAAAUCGAACUUUGAAAAAGUUCAUUUUUUUUCUGUGCCCAAAGAUGAAAAAUUAAAGGAGCAGUGGCAAAUUGCAAUAAAAAGACCCAACACAUUAGUUUCAAAAACACAAGUGGUUUGUGACAAACAUUUUUUAGCUGGAGAUAUAAUUCGAAGUCGACAGUUGUUAGGUCCAGAAGGAGAAGUUCUGGGAGUAUCACCAUAUCGGCGACCGCGACUAGCACCUGGAGCUGUACCUAGUUUAUUUCCUUGGACAGAGGUGAUAUCAUCUGAUAAUGACAUUGAUGCUAACCCUGAGACUUCAGAAGUAAAUCUAGUUCCUGAUCAUAGUAAUGCAUCAGAAAAGCAAGUUGUUGAUACAUUUUCUGUCAAUAUUAAUACUGUGGACAGGCUUGAGGAGCUUCAAGUGGGUCAAUCUUCUGAUGUUUGUUUAUACACUGACACGCCAGCAAAUAUUAUAAAUAAUUUGGAAGCUUUGGAAGCAAAUAGUUGUUGUAAUUCAGUGGAAUUCAUGGAUGCGUAA